AUGAGGGAGAUCGUUCACAUCCAGGCCGGCCAAUGCGGAAACCAGAUCGGGGCGAAGUUCUGGGAGGUGAUAAGUGAUGAGCAUGGCAUCGACCCAACUGGCUCCUACCAGGGUGACAGCGAUCUGCAGCUGGAGAGGAUAAAUGUCUACUACAACGAGGCAUCAGGGAGUACAGGCAGCAAAUAUGUCCCGCGUGCCAUUCUGGUGGAUCUGGAGCCCGGGACCAUGGACUCGGUUCGAUCCGGCCCGUUCGGACAGCUGUUCAGGCCCGACAACUUUGUCUUUGGUCAAAGUGGAGCAGGAAAUAACUGGGCCAAGGGUCACUACACCGAGGGAGCUGAGCUGGUCGACUCGGUCCUGGACGUGGUGAGGAAGGAGUCGGAGAACUGCGACUGCCUGCAGGGCUUCCAGCUCACCCACUCUCUGGGUGGGGGUACAGGCUCGGGGAUGGGCACGCUGCUCAUCAGCAAGAUCCGCGAGGAGUACCCCGACCGCAUCAUGAACACCUUCAGCGUCAUGCCGUCCCCGAAGGUGUCCGACACCGUGGUGGAGCCCUACAACGCCACGCUCUCUGUCCACCAGCUCGUGGAGAACACGGAUGAGACCUUCAGCAUUGACAAUGAGGCCCUGUACGAUAUUUGCUUCCGCACCCUGAAGCUGACGACACCUACCUACGGAGACCUCAACCAUCUAGUGUCAGCCACCAUGAGCGGCGUGACCACCUGCCUCCGCUUCCCCGGCCAACUGAACGCUGACCUCCGUAAGUUGGCUGUAAACAUGGUACCCUUCCCUCGCUUGCACUUCUUCAUGCCGGGCUUUGCGCCUCUCACAAGCCGGGGCAGUCAGCAGUACCGCGCCCUCUCCGUGCCGGAGCUCACGCAACAGAUGUUCGACGCCAAGAACAUGAUGGCGGCCUGUGACCCUCGCCACGGACGCUACCUUACAGUGGCGGCCAUCUUCCGCGGGCGCAUGUCGAUGAAGGAGGUGGACGAGCAAAUGCUGAGCGUGCAGAACAAGAACAGCAGCUACUUUGUCGAGUGGAUUCCGAACAACGUCAAGACGGCCGUCUGCGACAUCCCACCCCGGGGUCUCAAGAUGUCCGCCACCUUCAUUGGUAACAGCACGGCCAUUCAAGAGCUGUUCAGGAGGAUCUCCGAGCAGUUCACGGCCAUGUUCCGCCGCAAGGCUUUCCUCCACUGGUACACCGGAGAGGGAAUGGAUGAGAUGGAGUUCACCGAGGCCGAAAGCAACAUGAAUGACCUGGUGUCGGAGUAUCAGCAGUACCAGGACGCCACUGCAGACGAGACGGGCGAAUAUGAAGAAGAUGAAAUAGAGGAUGAAGAGGAAGCCCCCCACGACGUUCGCCACUGA